GUGUGUAAUGUUCGGAUCCACGCGUUGAAACCGGUGUGCCUAUUCCUUCGGUAUUUUUCUUGUCCCAUGGCUCUCGAAAAACGUGUUGAAGGAUAUCAAACUGAGAAAAAUGAAAUACAAAAAAAGGAACCUUUUGCAAUGAAUCUUUUUGUCGGAGACACUCGACAACUCGAAAUCAGAGCGAAAUGAGUGAAGUUUACUACUCGUAGCGUCGGGGCGCCUCGGUCUCUCUCAACUACCAAAAUGGCGUCGAGUGUCAAAUCGUCGAGAGACUGGAAACAAUGCAGAGGCAAAAAUGCCUUCACAGUGCUUUUCUGAUCAGUUCCAAAGCUGAAAAUGAAGCUCGCGAGAACGAGAAUUCACUGUUUUGUGUGGUGGUGAAAUCAAAGUGUGAGAGCUAAAAACUUUAGUUUAAAAAAAAAAUCACGCGGGUGUGUUGAGUGAAUGAAGGGAAGAAAUUUCUUAAGAUAUUGCACGUUCGGAGUCUGUGACACUAGCUGGUCCAAUGGAGCAGAUUUUUAUUCUCGGGUUCGCUUUAUUGACAAUCGUCAAUGAAGUUUGCGCUGGAGGACUGCACUUCAACGUUGAGCCAGAGGAUAUCGUAGUAGAACAAGGAGGGCCUGCAAGAUUAGAUUGCCAGGCGAAAAGUGUCUUUGGUGAUCCCAAAAUCGAAUGGCGAACAGACGAUGGACAACCGAUUACAUUUAUCGGCGAUAACUAUCGAUCUCAGCUCGCUAAUGGAUCCCUGUACAUUAGCAGUGUCUAUUCUGGUAAUCCAGAGUUAACUGGAGGAUACCAAUGUCUCGCUUCCGUCGAUGAUGUUGGGGCAAUCGUUUCUCGGUCCGCCUCAAUUAGGCUUGGCAGCCUGCCAGGAUUUGAAAGGGAACCCCAAGACAUCAUCGCUAACCCCGGACAAGUUGUUUAUCUCAGCUGCUCACUGUCGAUGUUUUCUAAGCAAAUAAAAAUAAAGUGGCUAAAGGACGAGCAGCCUCUGAUGAUGGAUGAAAGUCGAAUGACAAUCCUCCCGUCAGGCGCUUUGGAAAUCGACGAUGUGCGAACUCAAGAUGUUGGUUCCUACAUGUGCAAUGCCAGUGGUUUUGGGCAAUACAGACUGAGUAACAAAGGACAACUUACGAUGCUACCCUCCGAUACUGAUCAAGCAACGGCUCCAACGUUCAUCGCAAUACCAACGCAGCAAGUGGCAAUCGCAGGAUCAACUGUCACUCUAGAAUGCGCUGUCAACGGAAACCCGAAACCUUCCGUUUUUUGGCUCAAGGAUGGCGUCGCGAUCGACUUUGCACCGCUUGAUUCUCGACAUCGAAAAGUUGCAUCCUCCAGUCUGAUGAUCACUGACAUCCGGGAACAAGAUCAUGGCUCUUAUCAAUGCCGAGCACAAAACGAGGUCGAAACUCUUGACGCUGUCGCGGAAGUUUAUGUCCAGGUUCCACCGAAGUUUGUGAAACGCCCGCAAGAUAAAACAGCUAACGAGAAUCAGGAUCUGGAAUUCGAAUGUGAAAUUCACGGGAAACCGGAGCCAAAAGUCACGUGGUUAAAGAACGGAGAACGCAUUAAUUACAGCCAGUAUUGGCAACUCGCCAACGGGCACAAUCUCAGGAUAAAUGGCCUCUUGGCUAUCGACGCAGGAAUUUUUCAAUGCAUCGGUGUUAAUCCUGCCGGAAGCAUUCAAGCGUCCGCAAGGCUCACGAUUAAUCAACCGAAAAAAGCAAAUUCCCGAAAGGCGACGACACCGAAAUCAGUGCCGAAGAAGAAAUUGCCACUGUAUCGACAAUUGUAUAAUAAUACCUGGCAGCAUCCUAGUACCCUUUUGGGGCAUACACUUUCGGCUUAUACACCAAAUCCUCCACUUUCGAUUAGUCCGUCCGACGAUUCUCCAGAUCUUCUGGACUCAAUCAGAGGUCCCAAUUCCUUUUACGAUCCAGACUCCCAUUUUAUAGACGACACAGAGAGCUUGGAAUCGAUCGAGGGAAGCUUCCCGUCCGCACCAAGGAACUUGAGUCUGGUCAUCAUCACCUCUAGGUUUAUCACACUUCGAUGGCUGGAACCAGAAGAUACGAAUGGAGAUAUCACUGCCUACUAUAUUUAUUAUAAACAGGAGGGAUCACAAAGGGAACGAGUCAUAAGUACAUCUUACAAACAGACUGAAGCUGUCAUUCCAAGUUUGCAACCUAGCACAACUUACUACUUCCGCAUUAUUGCGCACAAUUCUCGAGGUCCUGGAUCUUCGAGCGAAGUUUUGCGAGUGACCACACAUUUUGAGGCUAAUGUACCUGGACCUCCGAUCAAUUUGGAUGGCCAUCCCACGAGCAGUUCGAGUAUAGCUUUGUCGUGGGAAGAACCCCAAAUAUUAAACGGAAGAAUAUCCAAAUAUGUCAUCACGUUUUCGAAGGGAGACGACGAGGAAAGUAAAGGCGAGACAACGGGUACGACUUAUGAGUUGAUAGAUCUCGUGCCUUACACAGAAUAUACUAUUUGGAUCCAAGCUGUAAAUGAAAAUGGACCUGGUGCCUCAAGCAGCGAAAUUAUAAUACGCACAUACAGUACUCAACCUAGUCAGCCUCCGCACAACGUCACUCUCGAAGCAGCUAGUUCAACGAGCGUUAUAAUUCGUUGGGAGCCGCCACUUGAGGGACAAAAUGGAAUUAUUACUGGGUACAAGAUACGGUAUAAACGACGAGGAGGGUCCCCUCACACAAUAACCACAGAAAGUAACCAGCGGUUUUAUGUCCUUUCUAAUCUGGACAAACAUAUUGCCUAUCUAGUACGAAUUAGUGCCUUUAAUGUUAAUGGAACUGGACCUUGGACUGAGUGGAUGACAAUAGAGACUUACGAGAACGAUUUGGACGAAAGUAUCGUGCCAAGUGAACCUAGUAAUCUGAGAACAAAACCAAUGUCGGAUUCGAUAGCCGUCUGGUGGAGUCCGCCGAAGGAUUCGAGUAUUAAAGUCAGAGGUUACAUUCUCUCGUGGGGAAAAGGCUUUCCAGACGUUUACAAAAUCGAUUUGGAUGGCAAACAGCGUUACUAUAACAUUGAAUCGCUUGAUCCGAUGUCUGAAUACGUACUUUCGUUGAGAGCAACGAACUUAGCUGGCGCAGGUGGAAUUGUCUACGCCAAAGUCUGGACCACAGAAAAAUCUCAGCCUGAAACAGUUGCUCCCUUGUUACCACCGGUGGGUCUCAAAGCGAUCGUUCUCUCUCCGACAACUGUAGUUUUAUACUGGACAGAUUCCACGCUCUCUAAAAAUCAAUACGUAACUGAUAAUCGAUAUUACGUCGUUCGAUACGCACCCUAUCAUCACAGUAUUACUCCAAAGUACAAGUAUUACAAUGCCUCGGAUUUGAAUUGCAUGAUACAUGAUUUGAAGCCCAAUACGAUGUUUGAAUUCACCGUUAAAGUCGUUAAGGGGAGAAGAGAGUCUCCUUGGAGCAUGGUAGUAAUGAAUCAAACAGAGGAAGCAGCACCGAGUUCUGCACCUCGAGAUUUGACAGUCCGAAGUGUCGAUGACAGACCGACGUCAGUCAUUCUUCAAUGGCUACCUCCGAAAAUGUCAAAUGGACCCGUCACAGGUUACAUAAUUUUCUACUCAGUCGACAAUACAAAAGGAGAAGGAGACUGGCUUGUAGAGGGUGUAGUCGGAGAUAAAGACGAGUUUAUUGUGAAAGGCUUGAAACCUAGCACCACUUAUUUUUUCAAGAUGAAAGCUCGUAACUCAAAAGGAUACGGGCCCUUCUCAACCACCGUUUCUUUCACAACUCUUCCGAGUAAUGGCAAGGAUUUCUAUGACGAUUUGCAUGGAGACGGUCGUGGACUUCCAGGAAUAUUAAUUUACGUUAUUGUGGGAUGUUCCAUUGUUCUUCUCACCGGCGUUGCUGUUGUCGUAGUUGUAGUUUGUUGCCGCAGAAAUCCCGAGUCGCCAGACAGGAAAAAAGGAUACAUGAAAGACACGAAUCAAAAAACAAAUAUCAAGCCUCCAGAUUUAUGGAUUCACCACGACCAGAUGGAACUAAAAGCUCUCGAAAAAUCCUCAGUGAAUGGCGAAGCAUCAACAAGUGGAGUUGCCAGUAAUACUCUUCCUAGAUCAAGCAACCAGGAUUACAACCAAGAGAGCGUUCAUGGAAAUUCCAGUUCCCUGGACAAGCGUACUUACAUACCAAGUUAUAUGGGCAACGGCGAUGAGAAAUGCUCUACCCUGAGCAGACAGCAGAGUCGAGGAAGCCAUAAACCUAAACCUAAACUCAUUACCCUUCCAGUUGAUAGUGCACCGUUCAGCCAACCUAUAGCGACUGCCACACCGAUCGUGAAUAGUAGCAUAUCACAGCCAACGAUUCACAGUACUUGUGGAGAUGUUGCACCACUGAGGCAGAAUUAUCCUCGCACUGCUGCUCAAUAUAGUUUGAGCCGAGCUCAUAUCACUCUAGAGCCAACGCCGGAGUCGAGUCCGGAUUCUUGUAACAUUCCUAGUAAUUACGAGCCCAUGCAGAGUCAAUUGGCUUAUAAUGCAGGCCCACAGUCUUAUACAGCAAGCAGUCAAUAUGCUCCGGGUCGCUAUGGAAAUAGCACUCAACCAUCUAAUUCUACCGGAGAUGUGGACAGCAACAACAGCAUCAAAAGACUUCAGGGUCAUCCUCUGAAGAGCUUUAGUGUACCUGCACCACCUCCACAGUCAGCGCCUUCCACCCCAGCGCAACAAAAACAUGGUGUCUCGCAAGUAACGGUGAGACCCACAAUGUCAGGAAGUCCCUAUAAGAAGACCCUGAACACCAGCCAAUUGGCGAAGAACAGACUUGCCUCUGCAUCCAGUACAUCUCAUACCCCCGAAGAAAUCGAACGACUGAAGCCUUCAUACAGCACUGAAGAAUUGAACCAAGAAAUGGCCACUUUGGAUGGGCUCAUGAAAGACUUGAAUGCCAUAACCGCAUCCGAGUUCGAAUGCUAAGAGUGUUUACCUAAACCACGUGCCAUUCCCACCGGGUCUACCUUAACCAUGCAUUUCUAAUGUUAGUACCUGAGAGACGAAUGUGGCAUUCCACUAGCGAAACGUACUCAAUUUUUAAUUAAGUCUUUCGACUCGAUUUAUUCGACCCUCUACUUUAUUAGGUAAUAAUCGGAAAGACCGAACUACCUAUACUUUUUUAUAAUUAUAUAUGUACUGAAACGCUAAAAGCACUGAA